GGAAACAUUAAUGUAUUGCAAGUCUUUUUUUUUUUUUUUGAGUAAAAAAGUUUAAAUAGCCUUCUUCUUUCUUUCGUUUCUCUUUUCCUUCUCCAAAAACCCUAAUCCCAACACAUACCCUGAAGUAGAAGAAGCAAUUAUGUGUCCCACCUUUUAGCCUUUACUCUCCACCCUUUCGUUCCUGUUUCUUUUUCUGUUCCUUUCCUCUCUAGCCAUCACGUUUAAGAAGAUCUGUGUGCAUUUUUCUCUUCUUUUCACGGAAACUUUCGCUGUUAGCUCAAGACAAGGAAGAGAUUGCCUCCAUUUCAGAUCAGGCUUUAAAAGAUACGGAAACUUUCUCAAAGGCUGAUUUUCUAUAUAUAUUCAUUUACCUGAUGGGUUCUUUUGCAGAAUCCUCAUAACUUCUUUUUUAGAUUACCUUUUCUCCUCUGCUACCUUGCAACUAUCGCUAUCUUCUUUCCUUUCUGCUGUUUCAACUUUUGUAUGUUAUGGAUUCUGGUAAUAGCGGUAGUAUGCAAUCGUCUAGUGGUGGUGAUGAAGAGUAUGACUCAAGGCCAGAGUCACUCCCAGCUUUCUUGAAUCCUUCUACCCACAACUUUGGUCCUUCUCUGCUUUCUCACCAACAACCGGUCACUUUGUUUGAUCCUACACCGAGUCUUUUCCACGCUUUCUCUCAAUCUCAACCAAACCCAAUUGUGGUUCAGUCACGAGGCCUGAGAUCUGACCCGAAUUGCACUGAUCUUGGUAUCAACUUACCAGACUCAUUAUCAUCAAGUCAAUCAGCGGUUUUGGGUGUUCAAGGAUCAAGUCAAGCUCUACCUUCCUCUAAGCAAUUGCGAUCGGUUCAUGACGAUGGAGGACGCUCUUCUUCACCGUCUCAUGACCAGACACAUGGGAUAGCAAGAAACCCCAAGAAGAGAACAAGGGCAUCAAGAAGGGCACCCUCUACAGUUCUCACGACAGACACGUCCAAUUUCAGACAAAUGGUGCAAGAGUUCACAGGGAUCCCAGCACCACCAUUUUCAGGCUCAGCGUUUACUCGAAGGCUCGAUCUUUUUGGCCCUGGCUCGGGUUUGAGGUCUGGUCAUCUGGAACCACUCUACCCUCUACGUCCCACAGCUCAAAAGGUUCAUCAUCAGCAAACCCCAUUUUUAUCUUCUUCUUUUCCUUCACUUCUUAACAAUAAUAUCGUUCAUACCACUAAUAUUGCUAGUACUAGUACUGCCGCUAACAAUAACAAUACUAUUUCCACAGCCGCAACUAGUACUUUCAAUCCCAGUUCAGUAAACUACCAACUGCCUGAUGAUAUAGGCCUACACAAACAAACUCGAAAUCUGCUAAACAUGCAAAAUCAAAUGCUUUCAAUUCACCCCCUUCUACACCUCCCUCCUCCUCCUCCUCAACAAUUACCUAAUGUGCCUGGUUUGGGUGCAAAUUCUAGACCAAGUUUGCCUCUACCUUCCCUUGAGGAAUUGGGUAUGGGACAUGGAUAUGUUAAUGCAAACCUUAGUGUGCUAACAAGUCAUGUAACAACAGAAGAGAUGAGAUUAUCGAAUGAUGGGAGUCACCAUAACUUGAGGUCAUUGAAUGGGAAUUAUGGUAAUAGCUGUAAGUUGAAUUACUCGUCAGCUUCAUCAGAUUUUCACCAUGAAAAGGGUUUAGAGAAUGUUCCUUCAAGAGGUACAGAGGGUACAGUUGAUUCAUGGAUCUGUCCUUCAGAGUUCAGAGUGGGAGAUCAUUAAUCAAGAUUCGCUCCAUAACUAAGGGAGUACAAAGUAGGUUAUGAAGAAGGUUUGCUGCAGGCAGCUGAUUGUCAUGUGUAGAUGGUGGUGGUACUGUUGACUGUGAUUUUGGUAGUGACGAUAUAAUUCUGUUAUUGACCUCGGUUCCUGACACUUUGGCUAGAUUGCAGCAUCAUAUCUUUUUUUUUCUCUCCUUUUUCAAGAAAUAAUUUAUAAUUUAGGAGUAUCAAAUUACGAGAUAUUACGCUUUGAAUUAUGUGUAGAUAUGUUCAUAUGUUCCUUCUUUAUAUUUGUCAUUAUAUAUAUUACUAUGCAUGAUUCGGUUUUCCAA